UGUUGUGGUGAAUGCUUUCAAUGGUAAGGUGCCAUGGUGCGGAUGCUGGGCCCCGUAACCCUCUACUAGAUAAGUCAAGGGCGUGGCCGAUCGUCGAGACCAGAAAUAUAGAGAGUUUGUUGCAACAGCAAACAAGGCUUAGACUUAUACGCAAAUAUUGGUGCUACACUUUCCAAGCAGCAAGAUGAAGACCAUAUCAGCAACCAUCGCACUCCUUGUGCUCCAAGUUACGGCUGUCCUCGCAGCCCCUACCCCGGCAGAUGCGGCGCCGGCCUCGUGGCGGCUUGACUGCGGGUCUCCCGGCACUACGGCACUAUGCUCGGCAAGCAACAGCGGCGCCCACUGCGACCCCGUCUCGGGCGACCUGACAAUCAUCUUGGCCGGCACAUGCGGAGCAUGCAAGUGCGUGAGCGCAGACCAGUGCUCGCGUGGCUGUGGGAAUGAGGAGGAGGGGUAAUUGGGAAUUGAAGUGGAAUGGAGAAGGGGGAGGAGUCACGAUGCGAUGCGAUGCGAUGUGCUGUCUAAGUUAUCACACUUACGAUAUAACAUUCCCUACUUGAGAUAUGCCGUCGAUGGAGAGCCACGCUGAAAGGACACGGGGAAGGCUUGCUUUCAAGUUGGAACGUUUGGUAGUUGGUGGAUCCUAGUUAUUACUCUCGGGAAUUAGGCUUAAGGGCAUACGGAAUACAAUAUGAAUUGAUAAUUCAAAUUAAGAUCUGAGUAAAUAUUGAAGGCAUCGGAGUUGGGGUAUACGUGAAUACAUUUCUUCGUAUUGUUUUCGUAUAAUUAGAUGUAUUAAAGUCAUCCUUCAUUCGCCGUGAACAAUG